CUGUGAGAGAGCGUGUGCGAAAGUGGCAGUGACAUACAUGCGCAACCGAGACGGCACGUUACAGAAUAUGGCGACGGUGGAAAAAAUGAAUCCAGUGUUUAGUGCAAAGUUGAAUGUUUCUUCAAGUGAACGGUUUUAGUGUGGCAAAGGUUUGUUUUGGGUUUAGCAAAAACGAACAUUAGUGUGCCGAGUGAUUAUUUAAGUGCAAAAUAUAGAAUCGAACAAAGUAUGGAACAGGUAGAAAGCAUGUCCAUUUCGCGACAGUGCAACGAAAACGACCUACUCUCCAGUCAGGCCGCGAUGUUGACUGCUGGUGGCUACGAACCGAACGCGAACCAUUCGUCGAACGCAGCAACCGAUGCUGCGGUUCACGCGGCGGCCACCAUGAACGAUGGGGGCGCCAGUGUUAUCGAAGAUGGACGACCGUUGGAUGGUCGUGGUUUUGUUGCGCGCCAGGAUUCAAACGCAACAACACCGGUAACAACGACAACUGCAGUCGAUAACAACCGUACCAACAAUGGUACAGACAUACCGGACCGACCCGGUGUGGGACAAAACAAUCAAAGCAACAGCGGCACGGUCCCGUCCACCAUAAGCAACCGUAUUGCGGAUGGUCGGUUUCGCCGUAAAAACCGUCGUCGCAAGUCAAACCGUGGAAAAUCGAGUUCGAACCGACCGUACAGCAAGACCAAUUGGAAGUUUCAGUAUCCGGCGGGACAAGGUGGGGGUGGUGGUAAUCGCCCGGGACAGGGUGGUAGUGGUGGUGCUGCAGCUGCAGAAUCCAGCAGUACCGGUGGAAUGCAUGGUGGAAAAAUGAAUCACAACAAGCGGCGCCAUCUGUACUCGGUAGCGGCUUCGCGCCGAAUAACUCCGUUUCUGAAGUCCGAUCAGCCACCGUUAGUGCCAUACAAUACCAACCGUUUCCUGAUGGAGGACCACAUGCCGCAAGUGCUUACCCCGUCAGGUAGAACGCGCGAUUCUAGUUUUUCGAUAGAUUCAGAAGAAAAUUAUUUUUACUCACUCCCAGAGGAUGAAGAGGAUUUCCUUACCAAGGAGUUCUCCAGCGUGUACGAGCGGGAACGGUUCGAUCGGCUGGAAGGACUUAGCCAUUCCGACCUCGUCCAAGAGUAUAUGAAGCUGGCGGCUGACUACGAGCAGGUGGUUCGCCGCAGCGAGCCGAACAAUGCUGUUGGUGUUGGUGGUGGUGGGGGUUGUAGCGGUGGCGGCGGUGGCGAUUGUGAAGGCGGAAACAUGGCAAAGAUGGGCAAUGAUGGCGAACGUGGUGACGAUGGUACCAACUCUCGGAACAGGCUGCUGGAAGAGCGUGUUAAGACAUUGGAGCGCGAAAAUAUGGAUCUUCGGCGUCAGCUAGAACAAGCCAUGCGGAUGGGAUACCUCAUGUCAGCUAGAUCUUCACCACGGUACGUAACCUCGGCAGCCACCGUUGCAACCGAUCGUAUGGAGAUAUCGGACCAACAGCAACGCGCCCAGUUAAAUGCCAGCACCAGCGAGGACAGUGAGUCCGACAGCUCCAGUUCGAGCAGUAGCAGCAGUAGCAGUUCCAGCAGUAGUAGCAGCAGCAGCAGCAUGAGUGAGGAUGAGGCAGAAGAUGCGCCAAUGAUGAUGAAUGGCGAUAUUUCGCACCAUUCGCCAGCAUUCAUGAAUGGUGGAAGUCCUCAUGCUAAUGGUGGUGCACACGACAGCGAUCACGAUCAUCGGUUGGAUGGGGAUGAGGACGAACAGCUGCUGCUGCUUAACGGGCCCGAUGAGCUUUCACCAUCUCCGCGGCCAUCACUCGCGGUGGAGUAAAGAUAUUCCGCCUUAGGUUUAGCCAGUGGAAGCCAAAGGCUGCGUGAUUGCGACAUUGCUUAG